CAUGUCGUUCGAGUUGGUGAGUCUCAUUUUUGCGUGACAUGUUUCGUCGCUCCGUUUGCUUUGACACCUUGUGGUUAGUGACCGGAUUGGCCGUCUUCCUACCAUGGCACGUCGUCGUCCCGAACGAAGCGCCCCAACACAACAACGGACGCCUCUUCCGCGAAAACCUACAACGGCUCCAGACUUUAGGAAUGUGCGGAAUUCCACGUCCGCGCGUUCACUACGUCGAAGAUCAUCCGGAGGCCGAUGCGACGUUAACGUAUCAUCCGACAGCCACCGUGCUGCACUGGUGCGAUCCUUCGGGCGGCUGUUGCCGCGACCGCCGCAAGCGCUGCAGUCCGUUGGAGGAGACGAUCGUGCGCAUCGUCUUUUUCGUUCAUUCCAUUCACCCGGUCAACAUGCAAACGUCGGCGUCGCCCCCCGCAAACCGAAUGUUCCAAUCGCUCGACUUCGUCAAUCACACGCAGUGCAUCUGCGCCGAUAUUAACGACGUUCCACGACGUUGAAACAAAACGCGUCCAUUUUUUUUUUUUUUUUUUCC